GCUGAAAAUGUCGUCCGCCUCUGGGAGACGGAGCGCGCCCAGCUUUGGGGGAGAUUAUUUUUCGCUUGAUGACAUAUUGACUACUAAUGAGCGGAUUCCUUGCAAGAUAGAACUUCUUAUACCGAAGCUCGGAUCACUAGACUCCUCGUCAAAGGAAGAAGACCUAAAGCCGGGGACAAAACUUGAUCUACCAUACUGGCUGGCUGCACCCCUACUCAGUCGUCGCAUUGUUUCUGCUGAAGUACCAAAAGUGUACAGGGAGACAUACAGAGAGAUCCUGAGUGCUGAUGCCGUUGCCGUGGAUCUCUACAGACUUCAACCGCAGUAUUACAAAUUUGGGCUGCUUAUUCAAAGGCUUCAUCUGUCGGAUGUGGAAUAUGUCAACAACAGCCUUAUUGAGGCGUUCAAGAACCGAUUCCGGUACAUCAUGGACUGCUCCCAAGGUAGCCUCAAAGAGGACGCGCUGGACGUGACCGCGCGAUUAGACCUCUCUGAACGUGUGCUGUUCUCGCUGGGUCGCGAGGCACUGGAAGAUAUUCAGCGAUGGCUGCGACGCGAGUCGCACCGCAUCGCCACGGCUUCCAUGGUGACCAACCACCGCAAGCGCAAGAGAGCCGCCUUGGCAGAGUCCAGCUGAGUGGCACUGGCUUCUAGUUAUGCCAUGUGAUGCCGGCGGGGGCUACACGUCGUCCAGGAACCGGGAGUAGGGGGACGUCUUCGGUGCCAUUUCCGGGCUUUGUUGAAAUGUUUCUGCGCAGCUCCCGAAACGGGAGAACAUUAGUGUGUGUGUGUGUGUGUGUGUGUGUGUGUGUGUAUGUGUGUGUGUGUACUUCACAGUGCUAUAGCGCCACUGCAAGUGAAACUUUUGGGGCUAAAUGUCGUGAAUUAGUGUUUUUACGAACUAUUGCGCAAAUGAUUUCAUUGUCCAGGAAACGUGUGUAAAAAGUUACGUGACGUGAACUUGACUUUUGUAAAAGCAUCACUAGCCAGCCGUAAUGCUCGCUUUUUGCGAAAGCAAAUUGUGUUUUUAUACAUCCA